GCAACUCAGUCUCUCCAAGCGCAGCCCCUUGUUGCCAGGCAACCUCCGCAGAAGAUUGACGGGAACUUCAGUAGCUUAAUUUGAAGGAAACGUAAAUAGACGGCAAGUUUCUCCAGGACGGCGGUGACACGCAUCACGCAGACUAUAAACAGAAUAGGAAGCUGCAGCUAUGCCAGACGUGGAACCCAUCAGACACCCGUCCAGGGAGAGACCACCCAGUCAACAAGCUCCAACAGAUCUUCAACUUGGAGGUGCUUUGCUCAACAGUCCUUCCCCUUGUGUCAACAAUGCUAUGUACCAUAUUCGGGAGAUGAAGAGGACUGUGGAAAUUUGGUGUCAACAGUAUGGAAAGUAUCAUCCACUGUUCAACCCAGACAAGAAAGACAGCAGAACAUUCAGAUUUCAGUCCAGAGACUCAGAUACAGAAUCGGUGACUUCUUCAGAGUUGUUUGUUGAAGGAAUUGCAAUUAGUGCAAGAGAAAAUUGUUCAUCAUCACCACUACUAAAGAAAAUAAAUGAUGUCCUCGGAGAGGCUGUGUAUCUCAUUGAGCGUCUGGAAGGUGAUCGGCAAUAUGCAAAGGAAGCGCUUCACAAGGAGAAGCAAAGAAAAAGACUUCUGGAGAGUCAAAUGGACAACAUUUGCCUGUGGAAGCAACAAGAGCAUGCCUUUGCUGUCCAAAAAGAACAUGAAGCUUGCAGUAGAGACAUCAUGGAACUGAAGUGGCAGCUAAAAUUCAGAAGAGAGAAACUUGACAACGUCCAGGAGAAACUGACUCACACUGAGGUGUUGAACCAGCAUUUGCAUGAGGACAUCGACUUUGCCAUUAAACAAACGCCCAUUGUGAGGGAAAACCUUGACGUUCAGAGGGGCAUCAUAAAUGAAAUCAACAUUGCUCAAAAAGAGGCUGAUGAUGUAUACUCAAAAACACAAAGUCGUCUUAUAAUGGUUCAGAAGGAAUUAGAAAAGUUGGAGCUGGACGCCAGCAAAGAAAGAAUGUCCCAGGACUGUGAACUGGUAGCAAUAAAAAAUCAGCUGGAAAAUAAAUUGAAAGAGUUCAACCAGUUGACAAUGGCUGAUAAACACAUACGUGUUGAAAUAGAAGACACUGAAAAGACGGCUGCUGAUACGUCACAAAAGUGCACAGCCACAAAACAACGUAUCCUUGAAAUGACGGGGCUUGAGAAAACUGAGAAAGACUUGAUUUUACAAUUAACGUAUAAAAUUGAAGAGGAAGUGCCACAAAAUAAUGAUUUGGAGAAGCAACUUAUGGCACUGCAGGAACACUAUGAGAGAACUAAACAUAAUGGGGAAGCAAAGGUUUCCUGCACAGAAGAGCGGCUGCAAUCAAAACGUAAUGCUUUUGCAGCUGUCCUUAAGGAAAACAUGGAGUAUGAACAGAAUAUUGAAGACUACAAGACAAAAAUAUCUAAAAGCGAGAAAGCAGUGGAGCACUUGUGUGAUGAGAGGGAGCAGAUGCUCCAGGAAAUCACUGACAAUGAAGAGCAGUGGGAAAAGGCCAAGAAGGAAUUGACCCAAGUUAUAGCCCAGCACAGUGUCACUCGGAGAAAGCUGGAGGAGCAGGAGCAGCUCACCUUCAUGGAAGAACAGAGGGCCAGGAAAGAGAUGGAGAACCUGACAAAUGGUCUGACAGAUCAGAAGACUGCCCUGGAACGACUGAAGGGUCAAUGUGCAAAUAUUAAAGAAGAACUGAAACAUCAGAAAAGGAACUCAGCCCAAACUUAUGAUACACUUCAGAAAGAAUUUAAAGAUUCAUCUUCAGCAACAAAAGCUCUUGAAGCCAAAGUUGAGAAUAUCAAGAAAUUGCUGGCAAAUUUGGAAGCAAUUGAGUGUAAGCACAAGAAGAUUCUAAUCAACCUUGAGACAGAGAAGAGACUCAAAUGUGACCACCUGAAAGCUGCACAGGAUUCAUACACUGCCACUGUGGAGAGAUAUGACCGCACACUGGACAGGAUCAGUGACCUCACAAAGAAGACCGAGCAAUACAAAGAUGCUUCAAGUCAACUUGAAAAAAACAUAGAGAGAAUGACGGACGUCAUAGCAGAACUUGAAAGUGAGUUAGAUGUGGUGCAUUUCAAAAACAAAUCAGCUGCUCUCAUAAUGAGCACCUUGCAGUCUGAUAUUAAUAACUGCCAACAACGAACACAGCGAUCCAUGCAGACACACACUGCUCUUGUUAAAGCGAGGAAGAAGGAAAUGGAAGAGACCAAGGAAGCGCUGAAAAAUGCACUGGAGGAAAAUAAAAGGCUGAGUGCGGAGUAUGAAGAUCUUCAGAUGGUCCUCAUGGAGGCCAGACAAGAGGCGGUGACGGCUCUGAGCAGGAAGAACAACAAACACUCAUCUCUCCAUCGCUACACACAGCUCUCUUUGUUGCAGAAGAGGAUGCACAAAGCUUUGGAGAAAUACUUCAAACAACGCAGCCUCUACAGCCAGGCUGAACUGGACCGUUGCCAGGCUCUUUCUCAAGAGACCAACCAGAAAAUAAAAACAGCCCAGGAUAAGUUGUUGGGAGAAAUUCAGCGAAUCUCAGUGUUCCUGCAAAGCUCGACAGAUGAUGCCAGGGUGAAGACACAAGCCAAUCCUGAUGAGACUGGCAAAUCCAUAACAAUGAAACAGGUGACUUUCAUGCUGCUGUCAGGACUGAUCUAAUUUUAGCUGGGUGAAUGAUUGCAAUUGGCUUUGCCUCAUCAGAUAAUUAAUCUAUGUCACCAUUAAUUGGAAAAGAGAAUAAUUACAGGCAGUGUUGACAGAAAUUCUACGCUUCUCCAGAUUCCAAGAUCUAAUUACAACUAGUGAAACCCUGUGACCUUAACUAGCACUUAGUACACCUUAGCCACCUUGACCAUGCCCACGUGAAGACCACUGUCUCUGGAAAGACCCCGUUUUGGGGAUUGCACCCUGCACUCCUCCACUCUCCUCAUUCUCUGAAAGCUGUCGCCCUCAAUCACUUUUCAAUAUUCAAUCUUAAUUUUGUGGAAGUUUAGCAUUUUCAAUGAGCUGGAGAUGAAUGAUUAAUGAAUAAAUUUAAAUGCUUCA